CAAAAAUUUUGUGUGACUUGCUUUAUUGCAAUAUUCCCUUUUUGCAGUGGCCUGGAACUGAACCCACAAUAUCUACAAGAUAUGCUGUAUUUAAUAUUCUGAUCCAAGGCUUAAGGCCAACUUAUUCUUCAGCUUAGACCCAGGCCUCAACAUCUUUCCCUUUUCCCCUAGAGGUUGAACCAAUUUAGACCUCAGUUAAAGAAAUACUUUCUGAGAUCUGGCCAAAACUUUCUUAUUGUUAUCCCUAGAUGAGGCCACUGGGAAAAACAGGGUAAUCCAACAGGGUCAGAAACAAACCUUGGCUUGUUUAUUAAAAAGUGUACACGGGACUGUAGCUCAGUGGUAAGGCCUGAGCGCACACACAGAGUGCUCUGGAUCACCAUCCCCAAGAUGGGUUGUCGACAGAAUAGCCACAGCUCAGAAUGUGUUUGCUAUAUACUCUCCUUUAGAGACAGGAGUGUAGUUGGUCCUUCUCAAAUCAGGAAAGACCAUAGUGCCCUUUAUAACUGCAUGUAACUACUUUUCAAGCUGUUUAAGUGUUAUGGCCAUUGUGUGGGCUUCAAAUAACUGCUAUACUUGAUAAAAUUACCUUCCAACACUCAUCCCAUUUUAGAGGCCUUCUGAGAUGCUUGGACGUGAGCAUCACUGUGUUUGGCUUUGCUGCAUACUUGCUCCUGCUGAAAUGAGAGAACAAGGAGUUGAGGCUGACUGCAUACUCCAGGAGAGAGAGACCUAAAUUUGGACAUCUGCCCUCCACCAGAUUCUGUAAUUCUCAUACCACAGCUUCAGGUAAAGUGCAGUUCAGAUUUCUUUGAGAUGUAUUUUUUACUUCUUUUUCACUCAUCUAAUCGUAUAUUGUAUUUUCUCCAUAAGUAAAUGUAAAUUAGAAUAGCUUCCUCAUAAGGGAAAUUGGUUAGAUUCUUGAUUAUAUAACAUAGUCUCCAGCAUCAGAACUGGUCUAAAUAAAUGUUAGGUUAUAUGUAUUUUAUUUAUAAAUAUAUAAGUAAAUAUAUUUAAUAAGAAUAAUAAUUUUUUACUGAAAUUGAGAUGUUUGCUGAACCACAAAACCACAUGGGCUGGGAAAAAAUCUAUUCUAUACCUUAUUACUUAUUCAAGUGACAUAUACCAGAUUUCCUGACCCUGAAUGUGGAACAGAAGAAAAUAUCAGGCAGUAAGAGAAGAACAUUUUUCUACUAAAGAACAUUUGGCAACAACAUAGGAAAAAAAUGUCAGUUACAGACAAUAGACACAUUUUCUUUAAGAGGGAGAAAUCUAAAACAGCUCACUUACCUAUUUUAAAGUAAGAGGAAGAGAUUAUAAAAGCCAUUCCAUAAAAUCAUUUAAGGAUAUGGACCAUUAGGUACAGAAACAGACUGAGAGAGAAGACAGUAAAAAGCAGCGUGUGUCCACACAUACACACAUAAACACACACACACCCUUCAAGUGUGAUACAAAUUUAACAACACUAACAAAGCACAGGGAACAAAGCAGAGUGGAUGAAGGAGACAUAAAGAAAGAUAAAUGAAAUGAUUCAAAGAGAGAGGCAGCUUCGACGCAGUCGUCCUGAGGAGGCUCCUGUCAUGGAGAUCCUCCUGUUUGCUUGGACAGAGGGUGUAUCCCCAUAACAAAUAAAUUCCUUGUUGCCCUGCUUUUGUUUUCAGCAAACUGGAGAUUCUAGUCUUUGCAUUUUUUUUCACUGUUUUCCCUGACUACAAGCAAUUGUUUCCUAAUUGGUUACUAUUAGGGCAUGUCCAUUAAUUGAAACAAUAAAUAUUUAAUGAGCACAAAUAAUAUACUAGACAUCAUCCUAGAUUCUUGGAACACAUCAGUGAGCAAAAUAAUGUCCUCCUCUUAUAUUCAGGUGGUUGAGAUAGAAAAUACGUACUAAGUUUAUAAUACAAUGCCAGGUAGUGGCAUGUGCUUCAAAGAAAACUGAAGCAGGAUUGGGAAACAGAGUCGCAAAGAUGGACUAAAUUAGGGAAGGCCUCUCUGAGUCUCUGAUUUUUACCAGAAAUCUGAAAGAAGUGACAAAUUAAGGGAUGUGAAUACUGUCAAGGGAAGGAGAGGGACAUUCCAGGCCUUGAUGAGAGCCACACUUGGCAUCUAGUACAGUGUUCCCCUCUUAUCCUGGGGGGCUACAUUCCAAGACUCCCAGUGGAUGCCUGAAACCAAAGAUGGCACUGAAUCAUAUAUACACUAUUUUUUUUCUAUACAUAUAUACCUAUGAUAGUUUAAUUUAUAAAUUAGGCAGUGUAAGAGUUUAACAACAACUAAUAAAAAAAAUAGGACAAUUAUUAACAACAUACCAUACAAAAAGUUUCUGUAGAUCUUAGCAAGCUCAGCAUACAAUUUUUUUUCUUUCCUUCUUAAAUCAAGAAUUUUCACCUCUUCUCUUAAAGAAAGCACUUUAUGACUUCUCUUUAGCAUAUCCAAUUGCCAGCAUUACUCGUCUUGUGCUUUGGCACCAUUAUUAAGUAAAAUAAAGGUUUCUUGAACACAUGCACUGCCAUACCCCAAGAGGCGAUCCAGCAACCGAGAGGGCUACUAAGUGACUAAAAGGCAGGUAGCAGACACAGCAUGGAUUUGCUGGACAAAAGGAAGAUUCAUGCCCCAGGCAGGACAGAUCAGGAUGGGGCAAGAUUUCAUCAUGCUACUCAGAAUGGCAUGCAAUUUAAACUUAUAAAUUGUUUAUUUCUGGAAUUUUCCAUUUAAUAUUUUCAGAUUGUGGUUUACUGUGGGUAAUUGAAACCACAAAAGUGAAAUUGCAGAUAAGGGGGGACUACUUUAUCAGCACAGCUGGAGUGGCGUUAGUAGAGGGAAGAAUGGUGGGAAAUGUGGGCAUGGGGGAAGGCCUCAUUGGCCAUAUAAGUUGUGGUAAGGAAUUUGGGGUUUACUUUGCAUGUUUAAAGGAUUGAGAACAGGUAGAUGAGAUGAUCAGAUUUUUGAAAAACUAUCAGUCUAGCUAACGGGUGGGUAAUAGUCUCUAACCUAUAAAAAACGGAAACAGGCAAUUUAAGAGGUUUCUGUAGUAGUUUAAGUGAGAAUUUCAUGGUAGCAUUGACCAAGGUGAAAGCUGAUGGGAAUGCCAAAAAUUGUUCAGAUUCCGAAUGUUUGGAACAUGAUGCCUGGAGGCUUUGUUGAUGGUUUGGAUGUAGAGUACUGAGAAGGGUGGUAAGGUGUGGCCGAAGUUUGUGGCCUGUGCAACUGAGUAAACGGAGGUGUCAUUUAAUGAUAAUGCUGAAAAUCUUUAAGUAAUCUAAAACUAUGCUGCUAACUGAAUUGUAAAGAAAUUGAGAGAAUAUCUUAAUGAGAAAACUUCUGUAGAGUCAUUUGUAACAUGGUAAUGUCUUGUUAUUGCAGUUUCAGGAAAGAAGAAAUGAAAAGCCCAGGAGGGAAUAAUCACUCUGACCCUGUGACUGAAUUCAUUCUUCUCGGAUUCCCUUGUACCUGGGAGACUCAGAUCCUCCUCUUCUCACUCUUCUCUGUGAUCUAUUUCCUGACGGUAACGGGAAACCUGUGCAUUAUCUGUACAGUGUGGUGUGUCCACCAUCUCCACACCCCCAUGUACAUCCUGCUGGCCAAUUUUUCCUUCCUAGAGAUUUGCUAUGUUACUUCUACUGUCCCCAAUAUGCUAGCCAAUUUUCUCUCUGAGAGAAACUCCAUUUCCUUCUCUGGCUGCUUCCUCCAGUUUUACUUCUUCUUCUCCAUGGGCACCACUGAGACCUUCUUCUUGUCUGCCAUGGCCUUUGACAGGUACCUCGCUAUCUGCAGGCCCCUGCACUACCCCACUGUCAUGACAGUUCAACGCUGCAUCAGAAUGGGAGCCUACUGCUGGAUAUGUGGCUUCUCCUGUUUUCUCCUCCCAGUUUAUCUCAUCUCUCAGCUUCCUUUUUGUGGCCCUAAUACUAUUGAUCACUUUUUAUGUGACCCAGGACCCCUUAUGAAGCUUUCCUGUGUGCCAGCUCCUGCCACUGAGAUCACCUGUGCCAUCUUUAACUCAGUCCUAAUUUUCUCCACUUUCCUCUUCAUUACCAGCUCCUACACCCUGGUGAUCAGAGCUGUGUUGAGGGUCCCCUCAGCAGAAGGCCGGCGUAAGACAUUCUCCACAUGUGGCUCCCAUCUAGCCGUGGUGUCCCUGUUCUAUGGCUCCAUCAUGGUGAUGUAUGUGAGCCCAACAGCAGGCAAUUCAGCAGGGAUUCAGAAAAUUGUAACUUUAUUUUAUUCUGUGAUGACUCCACUUUUCAAUCCCUUGAUCUACAGCCUUCGGAAUAAGGAGAUGAAGGAGGCCCUGAGAAAACUUUUUAGGGUUAUAAGAUUGGGUCAAAGACAGCCUCUGAAGAACUAGAAUCCACAGAUACGUAUGACAUACAGAGAUAUAAAAUUAUAGGAGGUUAAUGUUCUUAAGUAAAUUUGAAAGUAAGUAAAUUUGUUCCCUAUAUUCCCCGGAAUAUUUUUAAGGAUGCAUUUCAGUGAAGCAAAUAGUAAAUAAGAUCUUACCAUAACUUGCAUAAAUCAUUCAUACUAGGCUUUAUUAUAUUAAUAUUCCUGUGUGUAUAGCAUGGAAACAGGAAAAUGUCAGACAUUCUCGGGCAUUUUGAAGGAAAAAACAUAAAUAACCCAGAAGUCAACUGGUCAGCUCCUAUCCUUUGCAAAUUUAGGUAAAUUUGCCUCUGAGUCCCUGUUUCAUAGUAAUUAGAUGUCGGGAGUCCCCACCACUGUCUCCCUACACACACACAUACAUAAACACACACACACGCACACACCAUACAAACAUGUUCAUGAAUGCUUCUCCUCUCCCAAUCGUGAAUCCACCAGCUGUCUUAUUUUGAUCACAACAAUCUGGAUGUGAGAGCCAUUCCUUUCAAUAUUUUACCCAAAACCAAACUCAAUCCAGCUUAGUGUAGGUUUAUUAACUUGACUACAGGUCAGAGUUAGGGAAAAUCAGAGGAAAGGCCACCGUGCUGAACACCCUUUCAAUCUCUCAUAUUAUACCUGGUUCUGCCUCUUUUUCUUCCUUCCUCAUCUUCUUUCCACUACCCACAAGAGUGACCAGAACAUCUUUCCUUUCUUAUUCAGAAUAAUUUUGACCAUAUGAAGGCCCUUUGGGGUUUGAGAUUCUUCCUCAAGUGGGCUUGUCAAAAAAUUUCUUCUCAGCCAACCUAAUUCUCAAACAGGAUCUUAUCUGGAGAAAAUAGCUUUCUCCAACUGGUUACUUUUUGGGUUGCGUUAGGUUCUUAUAACUUAAUAUAUUCCUUCUUUAUCUUUGUACCACAGGAGCACUUAAUGCAAAAGAAUAAAUUACUGAAACAGAACAGAGGUGAAACCUGGAAACUAGAUUACCUGGAAAAAACUUAAUGAAACAACAAUAACUCAUAUUUUAAGUGCUUUAUUAUUUUUAAAAUGCUUUUCUCCCUGUACGUAUUAGAACGAAUACUAGCGAUGUAGAGAGGACAGUGUGUGUGAGUCUGAGGAUAGAAAUAAGAUAGUAUGGCCAAUGUCUGAAAUGAAGUAUGUUACUCCAGUAAAUUUUCAAAGUGGCCUGAAAUUAUCAUAUUGCAUCUUAGUAAAUAAGUCUUACUCUAAGAGGGCACAAUCUCAUCUACUAAUGAAAUUGUGCACAGUUCCAUAGGAGCACAAAAAACAAGAUUCACUUGUGCAUGCCAACUUCUCCUUCCUGGAGAUCUGCUAUGUCAACUCUGACAUGCCCAACAUGCUGACCA